UUCACGCCAUUUUAAGACAUCGGCGAGCCGUUGAGCAGCUAGUAGCUUAAGGGCAAUGUGAUCGACCCCUUUGAAGCUAUGCCGAAUACUUAGCGGUUUAAAAAAAAAAAAACAAAAAAAACAAAACUUGCUUUACGUUAUUAGUUGAUUGUUAAUCCGGUUGAUUAAAGAUUGCUAACCCAGAUUACUCUUCCAGCCAUGUCGACGGAGGGAGCAGCCGACCAGGCAGCAGCAGAGUACAUCCCCGAGAAGGUGAAGAAGGCAGAGAAGAAGUUGGAAGAAAAUCCAUAUGACCUUGACGCAUGGAGCAUUCUGAUUCGAGAAGCACAGAACCAACCCAUAGAUAAAGCGAGGAAGACAUACGAGCGACUUGUCUCGCAGUUCCCAAGUUCUGGCAGAUUCUGGAAACUGUUCAUUGAAGCUGAGAUCAAGGCUAAAAACUAUGACAAGGUAGAAAAGUUGUUUCAGAGAUGCCUGAUGAAAGUGUUGCACAUCGACCUGUGGAAAUGCUACCUCUCAUACGUCCGAGAGACCAAAGGGAAGCUUCCCAGCUACAAAGAGAAGAUGGCCCAGGCGUAUGACUUUGCCCUGGAUAAAAUUGGCAUGGAGAUCAUGUCUUAUCAGAUUUGGGUAGACUACAUCAAUUUCCUGAAGGGGGUUGAGGCCGUGGGCUCAUAUGCAGAGAACCAGAGAAUCACGGCUGUACGGAGGGUUUACCAGAGAGGCUGCGUGAACCCCAUGAUCAACAUCGAACAGCUCUGGAGAGAUUAUAGCAAAUACGAGGAGGGAAUCAAUGUGCAUUUGGCCAAAAAGAUGAUUGAGGAUCGGAGUAGAGACUACAUGAACGCCAGGAGGGUGGCUAAGGAGUAUGAGACUGUGAUGAAGGGGCUGGACAGGAACGCACCCUCGGUCCCGCCCCAGAACUCCCCUCAGGAGGCCCAGCAAGUGGAAAUGUGGAAGAAGUACAUCCAGUGGGAGAAAAGCAACCCACUGCGCACAGAAGACCAGACCCUCAUCACAAAGAGAGUGAUGUUUGCCUAUGAGCAGUGCCUGCUGGUGCUGGGCCACCACCCCGACAUAUGGUAUGAGGCAGCACAGUACCUGGAGCAGUCCAGCAAGCUGCUGGCAGAGAAAGGGGAUAUGAAUAAUUCCAAACUCUUCAGUGACGAGGCAGCUAACAUCUACGAACGUGCCAUCGGGACCCUCCUGAAAAAGAACAUGCUUCUGUACUUCUCGUUUGCCGACUACGAAGAAAGUCGCAUGAAGUACGAGAAAGUCCACAGCAUCUACAACAAGCUGCUGGCCAUCGAGGACAUCGACCCCACGCUGGUCUACAUCCAGUACAUGAAGUUCGCAAGGAGGGCGGAGGGCAUCAAAUCAGGUCGCACCAUUUUCAAAAAGGCCCGGGAGGAUCUACGCACACGUCACCAUGUGUACGUGACUGCAGCGCUGAUGGAAUACUACUGCAGCAAGGAUAAAUCGGUGGCCUUUAAGAUUUUCGAGCUUGGUUUGAAGAAAUAUGGCGACAUUCCAGAGUACAUACUUGCGUACAUCGAUUACCUCUCACACCUUAAUGAGGAUAACAACACCAGAGUUCUGUUUGAACGUGUCCUCACCUCAGGAAGCUUAUCACCAGAGAAGUCGGGUGAGAUCUGGGCUCGGUUCCUCGCCUUUGAGAGCAACAUAGGAGACCUGGCCAGUAUUCUGAAAGUAGAACGCCGGCGUUUCACCGCGUUCAAGGACGAAUACGAGGGCAAAGAAACGGCCUUGCUGGUGGACAGAUACAAGUUCAUGGACCUGUAUCCCUGCUCCACCAGUGAACUCAAGGCCCUCGGAUACAAGGAUGUGUCUCGUGCCAAACUGGCAGCGCUGCUCCCAGAGACCGUGGUGGCCCCCUCCGCGCCUGCGCUAAAGGACGAAGCUGACCGUAAACCUGAGUACCCCAAACCAGACACCAAUCAGAUGAUCCCCUUCCAGCCACGUCACCUUGCUCCUCCAGGUCUACACCCCGUCCCUGGUGGAGUUUUCCCAGUCCCCCCAGCUGCCGUAGUCCUAAUGAAGCUGCUCCCUCCGCCUACGUGCUUCACUGGUCCCUUUGUCCAAGUGGAUGAGCUCAUGGAAACUUUCAGGAGAUGCACACUUCCUGAGACCGUCGAUGCUGCUGUAGAGCUGAUCACUGGUAGACAGCCCGAUGCAGGAGGGGAGGGCAACGGAGCCAUGGAGAACCACGCCGUUGCCAAGUCACUCAAGAGGCCUAACGCAGACUCAGACGAGGAGGACGACAAAGGAGCCGUUGCUCCUCCCAUACACGACAUCUACCGCGCACGCCAACAGAAGAGGAUCCGAUAAACUCAAACACACAUGGAGCCCUUCAAGAAUGUAAUCUCUAGCAGGUGGUCAUAUAGGAGAAAUGUACACGGCAGAUUAUACAUCCCCUCAUCUCUGUACAGAAGACGAGCAUACACACACACACACCAUCACACAAAACAUGCAUACAGUAUGCACACCUGAGUGUUUAUGUGUUUUUUUUUUUGUUUUUUUUUUCGUUUUGUCAACAGUUUUUAUUUUUAAAGACUGACCCUUAUACUGUACAAAAUUUUUAAUUCAACCAUUGGUUUUGGCACACAGCUCCGUUUUGGCCUUGUUACGCUCAAGGGAUGGCAAAGUGGAAAGAAGCUUUUUUUAGAUAACUGGAGGAAACACAAUUCCUUUCAAUAAAAGUGGAAAAGAAUUCAA